GCCUGUAGCACCACACCGUUUUCGAAACGAAGGACACUCCUUUUUCUCACCCGCCACACCCCCCAACGGCCACCAACGGUUUCAUGUUCUUUUCUAUCUCUUCCCAAUGGAUUCCAUCGUCCACGCAGCUCUCGAAGAGAUCUGCUCACAAGGCGUUAAUGGACUCACCCUUCCAAUCCUCUGGCCUAAACUUCAAUCUCCACUCUCCUCUCAGGGCCUCCAUCUAUGCCCCAACGUGAAAAAGGCGCUAUGGACCAACCUCCUCAACAUUCCGGGCCUUCAAUUUGGAUCCCAAGGCGCGUUUCGUACAACCAUCAAGACCCUUCAAUUCAGUCAAUCGAAGAGUCUGAGAAGCUGAAUUUGAAGAUUGUCGCCGCCGAGCAUCUUCGUAACAGCUUCGUCGGUAUUUACGAUAUCAAGGCCUCUGAUGCCAGUAUAUCUCAGCCCCAGCGUCGUGCGCUGGAACGCCUAGCUAUUGCUAGAACAAAUGGAAUUACCCAAAGUGAACUUGCUAAGGAAUUUGGCAUGAAAGGGAACAACAUCUUUUAUGUACUGAGGAAUCUUGAAUGCCGCGGGCUGAUUGUGCGGCAGUCAACAAUUGUGAAGAAAAAAGAAGCCUGCAAUGAAAGGGAGCCAAAAAAUAGUUCAAUUGUGGCCACCAACAUGCUCCACUUGUACCGUUAUGCAAAGCACUUGGGUACUCAACAAAGGCUUGAAAUAACCAAAGAGGACAAAACAUUGGAAAAUGACAAUGCUGAAGGAAGUGCUGUGAGUGUUGAUGGUGUUGCUGAAGAAUGUAUCAAAGAGGAUGUGCACGUAAAAGAUUAUCUACCGGCUUUGAAAGCUAUCUGUGAUAAACUUGAAAAAGCUGAUGGCAAGAUAUUAAGCGAGACCUUGGUUAUAAAGGAACUUCUGGGCAUAGAGCCUGGAGAAAUGUUGAAAGAUGCUCGUGUGGUUGAGGAGUUUUAUGCGAAGGUGAACAAAAGGGAGGUCAGCUGUUUGCGACUGCUAAAGGAGUUUUCUCCAAAAAGCUUUGAGCCAAAAACUCCGGGAUGCGGAUAUGAUGAUCUUGAUACAGAACAACUUGCGAAAAUGGGAAAGAGAGGGCAAAUCACUGAACAACUUGUAGAACUUCCAAUCGAAUAUCAAAUUUAUGAUAUGAUUGAUGCUGAAGGAUCAAAAGGGUUGACAAUUACCGAGGUAUGCAAGAGACUCAGGAUAAACAAUAAGCGGUACUAUACUCGGCUUCUUAACAUGUUCUCUAGGUUUGGCAUGCAUCUACAGGCAGAAAGUCUUAAUAGAGGCGUGGCCUAUCGAGUUUGGACAUCGAACAAUUUCAAUCCUGAUGCACCUAAUGUUCUUCUGGAUAAAACAGAACCUGUCUUUAAUGAUAAAGGUGUAGGUAAUUCACCUACUGGAGAUCCAGAAGUUCAAGAGAUGCCAACUCAAUCCAUUGAAGAGGUAGAUUAUUCAACUCCCAAAGGUGAGACUAGAGUGUCCGGAGAUAAUGUAAACAUAGAAAUUGAGGCAGAAAUUACUCACGGCCAUGGUUCACCAUUAGUUGGUGAUGGUAACAAUAUGCUACUUUGCCCAAGGAGUCCAGAGACUUUUGCCAAUGAACUUGGUGAUAUAGUUCCAGACACAGAACUUCAGACGGUGAAUACAACAACUGUAUCAGAUAUUGUUCCAUCAGAAACAUCGCCCCCUUCUUUAUUAACACCACGGAGACGCCGAUCAUAUCAGAGGUAUCCAUGUCUUACUCUAGGUGCAGCUAGCGCACUGAGGGAGCAGCGGAUACUUGAAAUGUUGCAGGGGGAGAAGUUCAUUAUAAAAGCUGAGCUACAUAGGCAUCUUGAGAGUCUUGAGAAGGAGAAGCACACAAUGAUGGAUAGAAAGACCCUAGACCGUAGUUUGAAUAAGCUUCAGCAAGAAGGACAUUGUAAAUGCAUUCGUGUUAGUGUCCCUGUUGUUACAAACUGUGGUCGCAGCCGUACCAUGGACGUGGUUCUGCACCCAUCAGUCAAUAAUGUGUCCCCUGAAUUGCUGGGUCAAAUUCACGAAAGAUUGCGGUCUUUUGAGAUGCAAGUCCGCGGCCAAGGCUUUUCUCGAUUGAAAAAGAGUCAAUCAAUUCCUGUAUUGCAUGGUGUCCAAAGAAUUUCUAGAAGUGUAAAACUAGAUGUCCAAUCUGAGAGGUCAGAAGCCAUGCGAGUUAAUGGAUUUGUAUUUGCAAAAAUGGUUCGUACAAAGCUGCUGCACAUCUUUCUGUGGGGUUGGCUCUGUAGUUUACCUGGUUGGGAUGAUGCUUUAUCAUCAGGUGAACAUGGGGAUGACCUCAAGAAUCCCCACAGAACUUGCAAAUUGUUUGACCUAGAUUUAGCCAUUAAAGCCAUGCCACUUGAGCUGUUCUUACAGGUUGUGGGGUCCACUCAAAACUUUGACGAUAUGAUUGAGAAAUGUAGGACAGGUUUGUGCCUUUCUAAUCUUCCGUUGCAGGAGUUUAAGCAUAUCUUAGAUACCCAAGCAACGGGACGGCUCUCAUAUCUUAUUGACAUUCUACGUCGUUUGAAGUUAAUUCGCCUAGUGAGUAGUGGAGAUUCAGAAGAUGCAGUCAAAGUCCAGCAUGCCACUCUUACACAUGCACUAGAACUUAAACCUUACAUUGAAGAACCUGUCACAGUAGUUGACCAAUCUUCAGAUUUUAUUUCUCUUGAUCUUCGCCCACAAAUUAGACAUGAUUUUGUUCUUUCAAGCAGAAACGCUGUCCAUGAGUACUGGAACACUUUAGAGUACUGUUACGCUGCUGCUAAUUCGAGAGCUGCUUUACAUUCAUUCCCUGGAUCUGCAGUUCAUGAGGUGUUUCUUUUUCGAUCAUGGGCCUCAGUCCGGGUUAUGACAGCAGAUCAGCGCGCUGAGCUCCUAAAAUGUAUAGUGAAUGAUGGCCCAAACAAAAAGCUUUCAUUCAAAGAGUGUGAGAAAAUUGCAAAGGAUCUUAAUUUGACACUAGAGCAGGUGCUUCGUGUCUAUUAUGAUAAGCGACAAAAGCGUCUUACUAGACUGCAGGGUGUUUUUAAUGCAAAAGGGAAAGGGUUUGAUCGACAGGAGAGAACACAUGCUUUGUCUUCGCUAAAAAGAAAAAGAUCUUCUGAAGGAAAGUCAUUAAAACAUGUAAACAGUGACACUGUAGACGGACAAUCGGGAGAGCGGAGGCAUUCCAAAUUCUCUGAUACUGAUGGCCAAGUUGCAGAAGAACAAAAUUUUUUCACAUCUUCAGUAGGGAAUGAAGAUAAUUUAAAGAGACAUCAGGUUGAUGAUCAUAAGGAAUUAGAAGAGCCAGGAUCAGAUGAAGAAGAUGAAGGGGAUCAUUCUUUUAUUCGUAAGUGUGCCUUAUCAAGGCUGAAGCCAAUGCAUCAAAGAAAGUUUUCUUGGACAGAAAAAGCAGAUAGGCAGUUGGUGAUCGAAUACGUAAGACACCGUGCUGCUCUUGGAGCAAACUUUCACCGCGCAGAUUGGGCUUCACUUUCAAAUCUUCCGGCACCUCCUGAUAGCUGUAAAAGAAGAAUGUCAUUAUUGAACAGGGAUGUUCGUUUCAGAAAAACUGUAAUGAGACUCUGUAACAUGCUUAGUGAACGAUAUGCCAAUUACCUUGAUAAAUACCAGAUUAAAAAAUUAAAGCAUGGUGAUUGCCGAGUUAUGCUUCGGGAUUGUUUCACGGGAGAAGAUUUUAACAAGAACUCUGAAUGUCUUGAACAAAAUCAAGAGUUUGAUUCUGAAGAACGGUGGGAUGAUUUUGACAGCAAAAAUUUAAAGGUAGCCCUCGAUGAGGUUCUGCGAUACAAACGCAUAGCUAAACUGGAUACCUUGGAAGGAGUUCGAUCUGUAUCUGAGGAGCAGUCAGAUCUGAAUAGGAUUGCUGAAAUACAUGAACCCAAGGAAAGAACAUCAGUUUCAUCAACUGCUCCCACUUUUGAUGUUCAAAUUUGUGGUGGAAGAAGUAAAUUGUCUGGUCGAAGAUCAAGCUGGCGUCGGCUUCCUCGAAAGUAUAUCAAGGUUUUGAAUGAAGGUACUGGCGCUAGUGAACGAGCACAUGUAUCUUUGGCAGUUUCCAAUGCUGCAGAGCUAUUUAAGCUUAUCUUCCUGAGCAACUCAACAGCUCCAGAAUAUAUCAAGGUUUUGAAUGAAGGUACUGGCGCUAGUGAACAAGCACAUGUAUCUUUGGCAGUUUCCAAUGCUGCGGAGCUAUUUAAGCUUAUCUUCCUGAGCAACUCAACAGCUCCAGAAGUGCCAAAUUUGCUUGCUGAAACUCUACGGCGAUAUUCUGAGCAUGAUCUUUUUGCUGCCUUUAACUACCUUAGAGACAAAAAAAUCAUGGUUGGGGGCAGUGGCAGUAGUCCUUUUGUACUUUCUCAACACUUUCUGCAACGCAUUUCUUCAUCUACAUUUCCAUCUAAUACGGGAAAAAGAGCUACUCAAUUUGCUAGCUGGCUCUAUGAAAGAGAAAAAGAUUUGAUGGAAGAGGGGAUUGAUCUUACUGCAGAUCUGCAGUGUGGUGAUGUUCUCCAUAUGUGUGCUCUAAUUUCUUCAGGAGAACUGGUAAUUACACCAUAUUUGCCAGAUGACGGUAUUGGAGAGGCUGAGGACUCAAGAACUUUGAAACGUAAAUCUGAUAACUUGGAGGUUCACAUUGGUGAUAAGGCUAAGAGAUUGAAACCUUUAUUGGCCGGAGAAGGUGAGAUUACUUCUCGCCGAGAAAAAGGUUUUCCUGGUAUUAGGGUAUCUUUAAGUCGUGCAACAAUUUCUAGAGCCAAUGCUUUGGAAUUUUUUAAAGAUGGGAAUAUCCAUUUUGCUGAUUUCCGUUUUGGUGAAAAUGAUCAAGUCGGUGCUACUUCGGGGGUAAACAUUGGCACCAAUUCAUCUUCUUCUGACUAUAUGGAGGAAAUCCUUGAUUCUGGGAACACCAUCCCUACAAAACUUGCUCCCAGUGAGUCAUUAUGGGAAGCUAUGACUUGCUAUGCUGAACAUCUCGUGUCCUUACCUUCUGAUGAAGAACGAGGGAGUCCUUUCUAUCCUGAGAUUUUUAAGACUGUCUAUUCAGCCAUUCAAAAGGCUGGUGACCAGGGGUUAAACAUGGUAGAAAUUUCUCAGGUCUUGAGCAUGCAAGGGAAAAAGGUGUCUGAAGUUAUUGUUGAGGUGCUUGAAGCAUUUGGGCGCGCUUUAAAGGUUUUGUUAUUGAUUAUAUAG